ACCAGAUCUUGAAAAUAUGUUAUCGAUUGCUGCCCUGCACAAAAUUUAAAGUCAAAAUAUUGAUUUGCAUUAAAAACAAAUAAAUUGGUAAAUAAACGUAGAGUAGACACAGCUAUGGACUUCACUGGCUUUGAAGUGCGCAAGUGCCCACCGACUGCCAUGUACAUUCCCAAUUUCAUUACCUCCGAGGAGGAGCAAAGGAUCCUCAGUCAUAUUGAGCGGACGCCAAAGCCGCGCUGGACGCAGCUGCUGAAUCGCCGCCUGGUCAACUAUGGCGGUGUGCCGCAUCCCAAUGGAAUGAUUGCCGAGGAAAUACCCGAAUGGCUGCAGAGCUAUGUGGACAAGGUGAACAAUUUGGGUGUCUUCGAGUCGCAGAAUGCCAAUCAUGUGCUCGUUAACGAGUAUUUGCCCGGGCAGGGCAUCCUGCCCCACACCGACGGACCACUCUUCUAUCCCAUCAUAUCAACCAUUUCCUGCGGCGCACACACCGUGCUGGAGUUUGCCAAGCGUGCGCCGACAGCGGCAGACGCAGAGGCAGAGGCAGUUGACGCUGCCGGCGAUCAGGCGGCGUGUCGUCAAGUUCUCUUCAAGCUGCUGCUGGAGCCGCGUAGUCUGCUCAUACUGAAGGACAGCCUGUACAGUGAUUACUUGCACUCGAUUGGCGAGACCAGCGAGGAUGUACUCUGUGAUCGCAUUUGCAACUAUGAUUUGUGUGAGACCACCUACAAGAUGGGCGACCAUUUGGUGCGACGUGCGCCACGCAUCUCCCUGACCAUACGCAAUGUGCCCAAGACCAGCAAAAUGAAGCUAAAGUUUUGUUAGACUGAAACACCGGGAAAUCAACACCAAAUGCAAAACCCAAACCAAAGCCGCACGUAAAUGUUGUUUGCUGUUGUUUAAAUGUUAACUAAAAUGCACAAAGAAAAGAACCCACUGGAUGUCAGCGACCCCGCCCCCUCCACCAAUCAGCUGCAUUGGUAUAUAUAUAUAUAUAUAUUGGAGGGGGAGGGUGGGUUAUCUAUGAAUCUUCCGCUAGUUGUUUAAGCACCCACACGCGCACCUGAGCAAACCACAAAAGUGCUUUAUUUUUACCAUUUACCAUUAAUAUUAUAUUAUAUAUAAAUGUUUUUUGUAUUACGUAUUGUGAAGCAAUAAGUUUUUAGCCGCAGGUGACAGGUUCGGUUCCAGUGUGCCAAUGCAAGUUCCUUAACCCUGCUGGAUGCUGCUGUUGGCCUUUAUAGAAUUUAAUUUCAAGCGCAAUUCCACGGCUGAGAGCAUUGAAUUGUAUUUAUUGUUAAAUGGAGACAAACUCUCUCCAUAUAAAUCCUCUUUGUGUGUGUGUGUGUGUGUGCGUGCGUAUUUUUGUAAACGUUUUUUGUCACCAUGCACCGAAAAAUGAAAGGGCUGAAUGCCCCACAAAGUGUUGCAAAUAAAAGUUAUUGUCGAUUGUUACAGCACACGUUUUAGCAUU